UUUCACGUUUAGAGCACGUGAUAAACCUAACUGCAUCCAAUCGCGACACACCACUAAAAUUCCACUCUCUCACGCGAAGGCCUGACCUCACGCUCUUCCCGUUCCAUGCGACCCCCAUCUAAUUUUCCCUAGGUGGCGCGUUUCGCUACUCUCCUGGAAGCGUGUCAAGUCAACACCCUUUUCUUGUAUUAUUUAUUGCUAUAUCAUUUUUCCAUAAAAACACCGCUCCUGCUAUAAGCAGGAAAUUAUAAGAAGCACCCAUCUGCUUCCUCUUUCAAUUUUGCUCUCAACUCAACCUAACUCAUUCUCCACACAGCACACACACACACACACACACACAUAUAUAUAUAAAUAUAUGUAUGUGUACAUAUUCUUUGAUAUUCAGAUUUACUGAUCUGAUGGGCUUCAUCAUAUAAUGUAGUAGAAACAGAGUAGUAAAAGGAUCCAAGAUGGGGAAUAAAAGAGAUAAAGGAUCAAUGAGAUCUCAUACAAUGCCGUCAUCACCAUCCCACUCUUUCUCUUCAUCUUCAUCUUCAUCUUCAUCUUCUGAUUUCGAGUUCACCAUCUCCAUUUCUCCGCGCAAAUCCUCCCCCGCUCUCUGCCCCGCCGACGAGCUCUUCUACAAAGGUCAGCUUCUUCCUCUGCACCUUUCUCCCCGCAUCUCCAUGGUACGAACUCUCCUCUUGUCAUCCUCCAGCAUCUCCUCUUCCUCUGAUACAAGCACUACUGCCUCCCGUGACUCCACCGGCUCCGCCGACUCCUCCUCUUCUUUCACCAGCGACCUCGCUCGCGACCUUGACUCCUCCAGACCCAGCUCAGUUGCAGAGGACGACGAGCUCAAGAGACUCAACGGUGGUCAAUUCCACCAUACCCACAUGAACAAGAAGACCAAUAAUAACAAGUAUUUCUCUCUUUCAAGAAUCUCCUCUGUGUUUAAGAAGGAACCCAAAAACCGUGACUCGGAUAACAUACAAUCCGGGUCGUCGGUGAAGAGAAUGAGCGCAACAGCAAGAGAGGUUAUAAGAAAGUAUUUGAAGAAAGUGAAGCCCUUGUACGAGAAGUUAUCGCAGAAACAGCAGCAGCAGAAAGUGACAAUCACUAAUACUAGUUCAGUUUCCCUGUUCAUGAAACCGGAGAGAUCUGUAAAGGAGAUGGAGUUUCCAAGCAAGACGUCGAGGAAAGAAUCAAACGGCGGCGGAUUUUCUCACUCUUUCUCGGGAAACCUGAGGUAUCCAAGAAGGAGGAGCUGCAUUUCGAGCUGCCCAUCUUCGAUGCGGUCGUCGCCGAGCCACUCGGGCGUGCUUGCCCGGGGCGGUUCUCCGGGUGUGGGAAUGAUGCAGCACUACACCGAUGUAUCAUCGAUGGAGGAAUUGCAGAACGCGAUUCAAGGUGCGAUUGCUCAUUGUAAGAACUCCAUGAAGAGAACGGUAAGUAAUGAAAUCGAAACGUGAGGUGGCGAUUGAGGAUUAAGUUGAUUGUUUUUUUUUUUUUUUUUUUGUUUCUUUGGCCUUUUUGAUAUAAUUUCAUGUGUCUUUAUCUUGGUGUUUCGGGAUCUCGGUAAGUAAACCAGGAAAAAUGUAGUAAUUGAAGAUUUUGUUGUUUAUUGAUAGAGGGGGAGGAACGUUGAGGAAAAAAGCUGCAUGUGAAAUUUAUAUUUUGUAUUAACAACUAAUCCUUUAAAAACAUAAA